CUUCCUCACGAAAUUCCCAGAGCCCCCAGAGCUGGAUCCUCUGACUGGGCCUGAGCAGGGCCUAUGUAUCUGCAUCGAUUCCAGGAGUUUGUGCUGUCAGAGGUGACAUCUCCAGCAAAGGGCAGUUUGGAGUAUCACACCUACUAGGAGUGGGAAAUCAUUGAAGAUUUCUGCGGUGGACUUGCACAGAAACUACAGACAAAUUUUCCUGCUCUAGGUGUUUUCCGGAUAAUGGCGAAGAUGGUGAGAAGAACGUGUGCGUUUUGUUCAGAAGGGGAGGCUGGUUCUGUAAUGUAUAUUGCCAAAGAGCGAAAUAUUGCAGCUCAUCAGGAUUGUCUGUUAUUUUCCUCAGGAUUUGUGGAAUCUGAAGAGUAUAACCCAGAUAAUCUGGAUAUAAGGUUUGAUGUGGCAUCAGUGUUGAAAGAACUCAAGAGAGGAAAGCGGCUGGUGUGCAACUUCUGUCGUAAGAAAGGAGCCACUGUGGGAUGUGAGGAAAGAGCCUGUCGCAGAAGUUAUCACUACUUUUGUGCACGCUGCGAUGAUGCAGCAAUAGAAACUGAUGAAGUAAAUGGAGUCUACCGAGUGUUCUGCCCAAAACAUGACCCAGGCAAUAGGACCAACCACUAUGAUGCAGCUAAUAAGAGGAGAAGGCAUGCACUGAAAUCUUCUACCAUCAUGGAACAAAUGGGCGCAGAAGAGACAGCAGAAGAAAACGGUUUACGGAUAUUAAAAAGAAAAAACAACAGGCAUAAAGUCCGAAUAGACUUUCUUAGGAAAUGCAAGCAAGCCGGGCUUCUGGAUGACAUAUUUGAAGAAAUGCUGGACACACUUCACCUGGCUCAGGAGAAACUGAUGGAUGACAACACUUCAGAAACAGAGUAUGAAGAGACGGUGAUAUCACUCUUUGACUGUGGACUGUUUGAAAAUGUACUGACAAAUAUUCAUUCAGGAACAGAGGAAAAAAUCCAGGAACUUCUGGAAAGCAGGAAAAGACUGGAUAACAAGAUUGAGCUGCUGCAGGACUUAAAAGAAGUCGUCCUUCCCGCCCAAGAGAACACCGCUAAUACAUCUAGUACGGUGUCUGACUAACCCCUCGGUCUGUCUGUAAUGGUGUCAAUAUUUAGGGUUUUCUAAUGAUAGAAACCAUAGAGCACGUCUGGUCAGUGUCUAAUUUAUCCCCCCUUCCCCUGCCGAGAUUGGGACACGGCAAGAGCUGGGUGUUUUACUCAUUUUUAUACCUCACUGUUGCAAUAAUUUUAAGUUGUCCCUUUCUUUAAAUUUUACCAUGGAUCAGUGAGUGUUAUACACCAAACAGCUUUUUUUAAAGCUCAACAACACCCUCCAGUGAAGACUUUUGUCUCAAAGACACAGGAGCAUCAGCUUUUUAAAGUCAGUUUAACUGUGGGAGCCCUCUUCUGACUGUGUGCGGUAGCUGCUUCACUCUCUGCAGCUAGGCAGUGGUGUUUUAAGGAUCACGUGGCUGCUUUGGCUUUCCAAAGAAGAUAAACUAGCAGAACUUGCACUCAAAGAAGCCUUCCGAGUUAUAAACAGGAGGUUUUUUGGUUUUUUUUUUAAUUAAACAAUGCUUGAUUGACUGCUCAAUGUAUAACUAGUUCUGCUGUAAUGGCAGUGGUGAAACAGUGUUUGCAGGCAGACCAGAAAUGGUUGGGCAUCAUACUCUAAACAUAUACAAUGUAAAAUGGAUCAAACGAUGGACCAUAUCUUCCUUUCUCCAUUAAGAAAGGCUAUGACUUCCCUCUGU